AAAACAACCCCGAGCUGCUCCCAGCAGGAUCCGGCUGGGAUUUCAGAGCUCCAGGGAUCAUCGGGGAUCAGGAAAACGCGUUUUCACCGUUCCUGCCGGAAUUCCGGGCGUUUUCGGGACGCUUUGAUCUGUCCCUGUUGCCUUCAGGAGCUGCUUCCCGAGGAUCCCGAAUUCCCGCCGGGGCCCCUGGAGGUGGAGGUUUUUCAUGGAAGAUGUGGAUUUGGAGUCUCUUCCUGUUCCAGCUGACACCAGGAAAAUAAUUCCACCAAAGAAAAAAGCCAGUCAGGGAUUUUCCAACAAAGACUUUGGCUCUUCCCUCUUCUUCCCAAAAGGAUCAAACCCAGCAUGAGUUCGGGAUUCAGGGAACUUUAGGGCUGAAAAAAAAAAAAAAAAAAAAAGAAAAAGAAAUAAGCAGUGGGAAUACGAGGAGCGCGUCCCGGGCCAUGUUCUCCAAGAAGAAGAAGCGCGUGGAGAUCUCGGCGCCGUCCAACUUCGAGCACCGGGUGCACACCGGCUACGACCCCUCGGAGCAGCGCUUCACGGGGCUGCCCCGGCAGUGGCAGGGGCUGCUCGAGGAGUCCGCCCGGCGCCCCAAACCCCUCGUGGACCCUGCCUGCAUCACCGCCAUCCGCGGGGCACACAAGCCCAUCGUGCGCGGCUCCAAAGGGACCCAGGAUGGGACCCCCGGGGGCCGGGACGGGACCCUGGCGUGGCUCCUGGACGAGCUGGAGGCCGUGUCCGUGUCCCGCUCCAACUCCCUGCGCCGGGACAGCCCCCCCUGCCCCUCCCGGCACCCCCCGGAGAACGGCCUGCCCCCGGCCCCACGCGCCCCCGGCCCCGCACCCGCCCCGGCAGGGGGGCCCCAGCGCGUGUCCCACGAGCAGUUCCGGGCAGCGCUGCAGAUGGUGGUGGACCCCGGCGACCCCCGCACGUACCUGGACAACUUCAUCAAGAUCGGCGAGGGCUCCACGGGCGUCGUCUGCAUCGCCACCGUGCGCGGCUCCGGCAAGCUCGUGGCCGUCAAAAAGAUGGACCUGCGCAAGCAGCAGCGGCGGGAGCUGCUCUUCAACGAGGUGGUGAUCAUGCGGGACCACCAGCACGAGAACGUGGUGGAGAUGUACAACAGUUACCUGGUGGGCGAUGAGCUUUGGGUGGUCAUGGAGUUCCUGGAGGGCGGCGCACUGACGGACAUCGUCACCCACACCAGAAUGUCAGAGGAGCAGAUCGCAGCCGUGUGCCGCUCGGUGCUGCGGGCCCUUGCCGUGCUCCACGCCCAGGGUGUCAUCCACCGUGACAUCAAGAGCGACUCCAUCCUCCUCACACACGAUGGCCGGGUGAAACUCUCAGAUUUUGGGUUCUGUGCCCAAGUGAACAAGGAGGUGCCGCGGCGCAAGUCCCUGGUGGGGACCCCAUACUGGAUGGCCCCCGAGCUCAUCUCCCGCCUGCCCUAUGGCCCAGAGGUGGACAUCUGGUCUCUGGGGGUGAUGGUCAUUGAAAUGGUGGACGGGGAACCCCCUUAUUUCAACGAGCCCCCUCUCAAAGCCAUGAAGCUGAUCCGGGACAACCUUCCCCCCCGGCUUAAGAACGGCCACAAGGUGUCCCCAUCGCUGAAGGGGUUCCUGGAGCGGAUGCUGGUGCGGGACCCAGCGCAGCGGGCGAGCGCCCCGGAGCUGCUCCGCCACCCCUUCCUGGGGGUCGCGGGCCCCCCCGCCUGCAUCGUGCCCCUCAUGCGGCAGCACCGGCUGCGGUGAGACCCCCCCUGCCCUUAGGGGACAGCCCCCAGCCCCCUCCUGCUCCUCCUCCUCAGCAGCACCCCAAACUGGAGUGGGACUGGGAUGUUCCUGGGCCCCCCAACCUGUACUACUGAGCUGGGGACCCCACAGCAGCGAUUUUGGAGGGGAGGGGGUGCGGCUGUUAUCC